UUACAGCGCAUAGGACGGAGAACUGGAACCAAUUCAACAAAUUUCUCUUCUAAAGUAUUAGUAGGGAACUGACUAUGAUCUGAAGCUCUUCCUUAAGUCAUUCAUCAUCUAGAGCAAAGUCAAGUUACGCAUGAUCAAGUAGAAUCCUGCCUCGAUUUUAGCCUUUAAUGUAACUGUUAGGUAACGUUAGAGGAAAUGGCUGUGGAAAGCAUGACUGUCCAUCCAAACUCCCCAACAACAACCAACCACGAACACAACAGCCUCACUGACGAAAGACGUGAGGAAGGUGAGCUGGAGGAGGGUGAACUAGAGGAUGAUGGGGCAGAGCCAGACUCUCCUCAGAGAGAAGGGUCUGAAGCGGUGGGGAAACCUCACCACAACAAGGAGCAUCAGGCCAGUGGUUCAGAUGAUGAUAAAACUCAUCGCCGCAAAAGGAAGAGAAGGAAAGAAAAGGAGCGUGAUAAAGAGAAAAGAAGAGCAAAAAAAAGGCGGAAGUCAUCUAAGCACAAACGACAUGCUUCCUCUAGUGAUGACCGCUCUGACUACAGCGAUGAUUCUGACUACAGUACUAACGAGAAGAGAAAAUAUCGAGACUACAGCCCGCAGUACACUGCCUCUUCUCAUGGAGGUUAUGCCUCUGCCCCUCCCUCUGGUCACGGGGUUCCUAUGCCUAAAAAGAGCAGUUACAUGAAGAUGGAGAAGCAGGGCUAUGGAGACUACGAUGAAUAUGAAGAAGAAAACUAUGAGGGUGAAGAGGAUGAUGAAAUGGUCGAGGAUGAAUACGAUGACUUUACCAAGGAGCUCAACCAGUAUCGCAAAGCUAAAGAGGGGAACAGCACAGUGUGCACAGGAGGUGUGGGCAACCGUGGAGGCAGAGGGGGCAAAGGCAGACUUAAAAACCAGAGAGGCCGUGGGCGGGGUGGUAUGAGGGGCCGUGGUGGACGAGGUGGUGGAGGAAACAGAGGAAGAGGACGGGCAAAGAUGGGUGCAGACAAUGAUGAUGAAGGCACAUAUGGAGACGAUUUAGAGUUUGGAGAAGAUGACUUUGAUAACAUGGGAGAAGAUGAUUUUGAAGAUUACUCUAAAGAGAUGAACCAGUACAGAAAGUCUAAAGACCGUGGCCGUGGUGGUAAAGGUGGAAGAGGGCGUGGUAGAAGUAAAGGAGGACGUGGCAUAAACCGUGGCAGAGGAAGAAAUAGAGGAAGAGGUCGUGGAGGUGAUCAGGGAAAUGAUGAAGAAAACGUUGGGGAUAUGGACAUUGGAGAUGGUAGUGGAGGACCACGGCGUGCUGACCAAGAUAAGCAUGGCCAAGAGAAGAAGGGGAAAGCAAUUUGCAAAUACUAUAUAGAGGGCCGCUGCACAUGGGGUGAACACUGCAACUUCAGCCAUGACAUUGAACUACCCAAAAGGAAAGAGCUCUGCAAGUUCUACAUCACUGGUUUCUGCGCCAGGGCAGAAAACUGCCCAUAUAUGCAUGAUAUCCUUUCUCUUGUGAUAAUUGUCAGCACAUUAUUGCAUCACCACUUUAACAGCCGUAUUGUUAUUGUUAUCAUUACUAUCAUAGUGACACUUUUAGUGAUAAAAAAAAUCAGUGUUUGUAAGGUCCUUAACUAUUUGUCACGUGACUUUCCUUGCAAGCUGUUUCAUACCACUGGAAAUUGCGUGAAUGGAGAUGAAUGUAUGUUUUCUCACAAGCCCUUGACAGAAGACACUCAAGAGUUGUUGGAUAAGAUGCUAGCAGAAGAUGCUGAGGCUGGUGCUGAGGAUGAAAAAGAGGUGGAGGAGCUGAAGAAGCAGGGUAUUAACCCUUUACCAAAACCUCCACCAGGGGUGGGCCUUCUCCCAACACCACCAAGACCAGUCUCUACUGAUUGUGCUGGCCCUGUGGAGUUUGGGUUGACUGGACCGUCUUCGAACAAUAUGCCUCAUAAUGCCCCUCAAGGAACUCUGUUGGCUUCUGGAACUGGCCCCUGUCCUGGACCUCCACCUCCUUGUCCAGACAGUAACCCAUUUCAGGGACCUCCAAAUUCUGGCACACCUCCUCAGCCACCCUUGGGCCAGCCACCACCUUGUCAAGGAGCUGCAGGGAAGAAAAUUCCAUCUUUAUUUGAGAUUGUUGUGCAGCCCACAGGACAGCUGGCUCAGAAACUUGGUGUCAGGGGUCAAGGCCCUAGCCCAGGUGUCCCCUCUGGCCCUUCAGGUGUACCCCAGGUAGGGCCACCACCUCGAUUCUCAGCUCCUCCACCAACUGGACAUAUAGGGCCAAAUUCAAGUGGAAUGAUCCCACCUGGCCCCGUGGACAUGUCCUCAGGAGGCAAUCCCAACCAAGGAGUGCCAGCUGUCAUAGCCAGUUUUGGACCAGGGGAGGGAUCGCCUCAUCAGGGGAUGACUCACCAAAUGCCUACAUCUACUGGAGGCAAUUUUUAUGAUGGUUUCUUUCAUCAGCAACUGGGAAUGGAAAGUGGAGACAAUGGUAAAGAAUACCCUGGCUUUAGAAAAAUUGAAGAAUGUACUGGAGAAGGAAUACUUGAUCAAGCCUCCAGGACUCCGAGCACCACUGGCAGUGGGGACUCUUCCUCCAAUGGAACUGCAGACAGCCAGAUAUCCAGCCUGACAGUACCGGACUUCCUUCCACCGGCUCAACGUGUGUUGUUUAUGAGGAUCCAUCAGAAGCAACAGGAGGAUGAGGAAAAGGCCAGGAGGUUGGCUGAAGUUGGAGCUCAGAAAGACAUAGAAGGUGACUCUGCAAAUUGGUACUCCAGUGAAGAUGAAGAUGGAGGCAGCAGUGUUUCUUCAAUAAUCAAAACACUGCGACAACAGAGCCAGAGCUGCAGUAAACCUGAGUGUCCUCCCUGUGACCCACGACUGUCCAAAGCAGCUCGUCCAGCUGACCCACGGCUAGCUCGUGACCCACGCCUGUCCCGAAGUACAGAGUCAGUGCAAGCCUCUGAUCCAAAUCCAAGUGCCUUGCCAUCUUCCUCCUCUGCACCUGUUGACCCGCGCUUGGCACGCAACACUGUGCCAGGUCAAAAAUCUGACACAGUUCUUGUAUACAAGCCACCUGGCCCUGUAAUACCACAGGCUGAGGAGGAGGAGGGGGAGAGGAUUCUGCGGGACAAACCUGUCCCCAUUCCGCUAGACCCUCUGAUGGGCAUGACCCUGCGUGACCCACGUUCUCAGCUGCAGCAGUUUAGCCACAUCAAAAAAGACCUAAGCUUUCACAUCCCUAAUUUUGCCAAGGCUGUGUUAUGGAACCCUGAGGACCUCAUUCCAGUGCCCAUCCCCAAGCAGGACUUUCUUCCGCUCCCUCCUGGCAUCCCUCCUGUGAUUUCCCUGGAUCCCCGAAUCUCCCGUACUCCGCAGCAGCUUCACACAGCUGCACCUGCUCCUCCUGCUCCUCCUGCUCCUCCUGCUCCUCCUGCUCCUCCUGCUCCUACAGAAGACAACCAGUCUUCUUCCUCCCUUCCAGACUUUGAGUUGUUGUCUCGUAUUCUCAAGACUGUUAAUUCUUCCUCUGGUCCUUCUCAGAAUAGUCCUGCUGGUGUGGUCUCUACGGCUCAAACAGGAACUGCAUCUGUUAACCCCAUACAACCUGAAAAACCAGUGGACCCACGCAUGGCCCGCAAGGUCCAAGCAGAUCCCCGGCUACAGCACCAGAAAUCUGCCUUGAAACCUCCUUCAGAGUCGACUGGACCUCAACCUUCUCACUCUUCUAGCCCUAGCCCACCCACUCCCUCAGCCCCCCCUAUUGCACCAUAUGAUCCACGGCUUCUGUCUGCAGGUGGAGUGGGCAGGGGUGGUGCAGGAGGUACUGCCACCAGUAGCAAUGUGCUUAGCAGUAUCAGUUUAUAUGACCCCAGAACUGCGGAUAGUUUAGAGAGUUUGGGGCAGGUGGCAAAUUCUGCAAUCUCAACUGAACCCAAACCUGUUGCUCCUGAUAUGGUAGUCAAGGCCAAACCCAAAGAGCCUCUCUUUGUGCGCAAAUCUGCCCUGGAUCAGCCUGAAAUUGAAAGGGGUGCUAAUGAGCCAGCCACUGACCGUUACAACAGUUAUAACCGUCCACGACCCAAGCCCUCACCCUCUCCAAACUCAGGAGGACCCACUGCUGUGAGUACAGCUACUGGGCUUGAGCAGCAGCUGUCUGGUGUCCAUAACUUACCUGUGUCCACAUCUCUCUUUCAAAUGGUUAAGCAGGUCAACAAACCUGGCUCAGGCAGCCCCUUUGGUGGCAACAGUCCAGCACAACUAGACACUUCAGAGCAGGAUGCUGCUUCUCUCAAAGAUGUAUUCAAAGGUUUCGACCCCACAGCGUCCCCUUUUUGCCAAUGACACCUGAUAGGUGCUGUCAUUUGGGUUUAAAACAGUACUCUGGUUUGCAUUCUCAGCUUGCUGACAUUGCUAGGGAAACAGGGCCACAGCCCUCCUUGUCAAACUGUUAACAUAUUUUUUGGAUGCUGAAAAGUGGCAAAGCAUUUUUAAAAUAAUCAAAUCAGGUUCAAAUCGAUUUAUUUUACUGGAGCCAUGCUCUAAACAGUCAGCACCAGCAGAAAACCAGGGUAACCUAGGCUAUAUCUUCGUUGCAUAAGAGACAAUUGAGUGUCUUAUCUUUUUGAAUGUUUCCCCGAGCCUUCUUGAACUGUAAAUGCCCCUCACAUCAAGACCUUUCUGAUUCUUACUUUCUUGUAGCAGUUUUGAUUGCAUUCAACUAUUGAUUUGGGUCUCGCUGUCAAUUUACAUUUGAGCAGCAAGAUGAACUAUAACAAAGUUGUACACUGCCACUUCAUCCAACUAUGACAAUAAAUAGAAAUACAAUAAUAGUUAUGCUGGUCUAAAUAAUUUGUAAUCUACUGCGCAGGUGUCUUCUCUUUGUUGCAUUGAGCAACCUCUCCGCUUUGAAAUGUUUUAACCUAUCUGUACCUGCACUGUAUUAACUCCACACCUAGUUGUUGUAAUUUGUCUUUUUGUCAGUGUGUUUUUUUGUGGUCCGGUGCCCAGAACUCCUGUUUGUUCAACUCCUGUUUGCCAUUUUGAAAAUCUGUUAUUGAUCUGCUGUGUUUGUCAUUCACAUGUGAAAUAUGAUCAUUUUAAUUUAUAUUUUUUAUACUUACACAUUUCUUUCUUUGAGAUAUCACCAACAAAGCAAUUUUAUUGAAAUUGUACAUAUGUUUCCCAACUGUAUUUUGUAAAGGCAUUGAUAGAAUGCACUGGUUGUGCAUAAUCAAGAGAGCAAGGAAAAAAAAUACAUAUUUUCAUUUAUUUUAAAAAGGAAACUACCCUACUCAUUCUCUUCUUGAAUAGCUGGGUGACUGUUCAAGAACAUCAGAGUUUAUUGAUUUUCUGUAUUCUGACGUUUGAAGAACUUUUGUAUAUUAAAUAGUGUCCAUAUUUGAGAAGAGGCUACCUUUUGUAAUGCUUCACUGUAGAUAAAAUGUUAAAGGCAAUAAAAUAUGCACAGUAAUGUACAUUAAUAAAGGCUUAGAGGGUAAGUUGA